GUCAAGAGGAUAUAUAUGUAUAUAUAUAUGUAUCCAGAUAUAAAAGAGUUUCGUUUCUAGAGAUCAAGACUUGAAAAAUAGAACAAGGAAUCAUUUUGCCAAUUAGAGUUUGAUAUCAAAUGGCAUCCGGAACAAUAUUGAGUGCUUCAAUUGGCUAUGGAUUUAGCGUGGGGUUGGGUAUCUUAUUCGCCAUAGUGAUGAUUAUCAUUUCAUUCAUUCUAAAGAGAUAUUGUGGAGAAAAACAGACUUCAGAGAGUUUUAGUACUGCAAAUAGAAAUGUUAAAUCUGGUAUGAUAGCCGUGUGUGUGAUUUCGUCCUGGUGUUGGCCGGCAACUUUAUUGACAAGUACUGCUUGGGCAUAUUCUUAUUCAUUUGGUAACUUCUUGUAUUGUAUGGCAGGUGGAGUUCAAAUCAUUCUAUUUUGUUUUUUAUGUAUUCAGAUCAAACUCCAUAGUCCUGGAGCACAUACGGUUUCAGAAAUUGUAAAGAUAAGAUUUGGUAAAAAGGGGCAUUCAGUUCUAUUAUUUUAUAUCAUAGCUACUAAUAUAAUGGUUCUGUCAACUUUGUUAUUGGGUGGUGCUCAAGCGUUUGCUAGUGCAACUGGAAUGCACGUUGUUGCUGCUUCAUUUCUUCUUCCUCUUGGGGUUGUCAUUUAUACUUUGGGUGGUGGGCUAAAAGCCGUCUUUAUAUGCGAUUGGAUACACACUGUAGUUAUUUAUAUCAUUAUAUGUGUGCUUUGUUUCAAGGUUUUUGCAUCAAAUGAUUCCCUAAUAGGCUCACCUGGUAGAAUGUGGGAAUUACUUAAAGAAAUUGAAACCAUUCAUCCAACAGCUCUUGCAAAAAAUUAUUUAACUUGGAAGAAUCCUCAAAUGUUCUUGAUUAGUUGGAGUGUAUGUAUUGGUGGAUUUGCUUCAGUUUUUGGAGAUCCAAGUUACGGUCAAAAAGCUAUUGCUGCUUCUCCGAAAUCAGUCGUGACUGGUUACAUAAUGGGUGGAAUAUGUUGGUUCAUCAUUCCUUGGGCAUUGGGAUCGGCUGCUGGUUUGAGUUCUAGAGUUUUGGCUGGAACUUAUAAAGGUUUUAGGACGUAUCCCAAUGCUUUGAGUGAGGCUGAAGUUUCUUCUGGUAUGGCUUUGUUUUAUUCCAUGGAAGCACUUCUUGGAAAUUCGGGAGCUACUGCUGCAGCUUUAAUGUUGUUCAUGUCAGUCACUUCAGCUUUCUCAGCUGAGCUUGUUGCCUUCUCAUCGGUAUUUUCUUUUGAUAUCUAUAAAAGUUAUCUUCAUAAGUCUGCUUCUGGUGCUCAAGUCUUCAGAAUGAACCACAUAAGUAUAAUUGUUUUUUCCCUAUUUAUUAGUGCUGUGGCAGUAAUAUUCAAUUAUAUCGGUGUUACUCUAGGUUGGUUGAUGUCUUUUUACGGUAUCAUUUUGACUCCUGAAGUUUUUAUUCUAAUUUUUUCAUUGUUUUGGAAGAAAACUUCCUCUGAAAGUAUUUUCAUUGGAGCUCCAUUGGGGACUUUAUCCGGUAUAGCAUGUUGGAUUGGCUCUGCUUAUCAUUAUGGUGGCUCUGUUGAUAAAGAUACAUUAUUUCUUGUAAUUCCAAAUCUAAUUGGGAACUUUGUGGCUUUGUUUUCAACCAUGUUCUACAUGAUAAUUAUUUCGUAUUUGAAACCUGCCGACUUUGACUUUACAAGCUUGGCCCCAAAAUUUGAAAUUGGUGAUGACGCUGAUUCACAUUUAAAAGAAAACAUUACUCUUCAAGAUGAUGACAGAAGACAAUUGAAGAGAGGUUUAUGGGUUUCGGCUAUAUUUUCCGUUCUUAUAGUUUUUGGUGGUUAUAUAAUAGUACCUUUAUGUUUUUAUGGGACAGAAUAUGAAUUUAGCAAAGCCUAUUUCACCCAGUGGAUUGUUAUCAUGAUGAUCUGGUUAAUUCUAGCAACAAUAUAUGUCAUUGUAUACCCUAUCUAUCAAGGACGAAAAUCGUUGGCAAGAAUUUGCCGUAUGAUGCUAGCAGAGUUCUCACAAAAAGAACAGAGACAGGAAAUCGAAUUGGUUCAAGAAAUCGAAGAGGAUAAUUCUGGUAAAGAAAAGGUUGUAUGAGA